AGACGGUAUCUUGAAGAGGCGUCAGUUGAAAAAUCAUGCCAUCGAACGACGUCCAGCUGCCGCGCAUCUGCUUCGACGACGAGUACCGCGUCCGCGUGCUCGAAUUGGAGAAGUUUGUGCACACGCAGGAGCUCGAGACCGAAUGCAACCAGUUCGUCUCCAAAAUGGAGGACUUCCACAGCACCGUCAAGGGCGUCCUCGAGAUCAUGGAGGCGCAGGCCAAGCGCAUUGAGCUCGAGAAGCUCAAGGCCAUUGGCCAGCGCAACCGCGUCGACAACGAGAUUGAGAACCGCAACCGGCAAAAGCUCAUGCUCGAGGUUCUCAUCAAGGAAAAGCAAACCGAGCUCGAGCGCUUCUGCCAGCAGUACAUUUCGCUCACCAAGAUUGAAGACGAGCAGCAGCAGUUGAUCGAGAAGCUCAGCAACAACGAAGCCUAGUCCGCAUGGAGACAGCGCCAGAAACAAACAUAAAAUGAAGCAUGUACUAAGAAACAAUACCAUUAGAUUAGAUAA